AUGACUCUUCCAUCAUAUCGCCAUGACAGCAACGAGAAUAAUGACGUCCAUUCCCUUUCAGACAUCACCGAGGAGAUUCACAGGACUGAUCGAACCGUCUCCAACAAGAGCUUUGCCGUCGGUUUCUCCAAAGUGAGCGACAUCUACGGUCGACGAAACCUUCUCGCCAUAGCAUGGGUUUUCUUUGCGGGAUUCUCAGUCUGGAUCGCAGCGCGCGCACUUCAGGGGAUUGGCGGCUCGGGUCUUUAUAGCUUGGCACAGGUUUGUCUCCUUGAACAAGGGCCCAGUAAGCCCGAGAUGGUAGGCGCACUGGUCGGCAUCACUCUUUCCAUCUCAUACGUCCUGGGCCCGUUACUGGGUGGUGGGAUCUCGGCUGGUUGGACCUGGAGAGGUAUCUUCUGGAUCAAUGUCCCUUGCGGCGCGCUCGCCCUCAUAGGUAUUUACUCACUCUGGCCGGACGACUGUCGACGGCAAUACGACGGAUGGACGGGCAUCCGCAAAAUCGACUUUGUUGGCAACUUUCUCCUGAUUCUGGCUUCGAUCCUGCUGGUGUUUGGCAUACAGGAAGCUGGCUCAGUCACAUUCCUCACGGGUCUGGUCUAUAUAUCCCUGGUCAUCAAAAUCCCCGAGCGAUUCCAAGUCAUCUACGGCGACAGCGCGCUUCGAGCCGGCAUCCAUCUCCUCCCGAUGUUGGGGUCGUGUGCUUUCGGAUCUACUCUAGCCGGAAGCAUCUCCAAGAAACGGAACCUCACAAGUCAUACACUUACAUCCGGAAAUUCUCUCCAGGUGAUUGGGUUGGGUCUUGUAUAUCGGUUUUCAAACACGACCGAGCGAGGUGAUAUCCGAUAUAUACUGGGGUUCACGGCCAUAUACGGGUUCGGUGUCGGCUUGUGCUUCGCCGCCUGUACAAUGAUCGCGGCUAUCGAAGCUCGCCAUGGAGAUCUAGCAGCUGCACAAGGCGCCGUUGCGCAGGUGCGAGUACUUGGCGGCUCGCUAGGUCUGAGCAUCUGCACCAUCAUAUUCAACGAUAUAUUACAAACAUCUCUAGGCCCUGCCACGGAGGCUGGUAGAUUUCCUGCAACCGUUCUAGACCAGCUUCAUAGAAGCCCGCUGGCCGUGUUUAUGCUUCCGCCCGAACAGCAAGUUUUGGUCAAGAAAGUGUACUCGGACGCGUUCAGAUAUCAGAUGCUCCUCAUGAUGGCAGUGGUAGCAGUGGCCGUUCUGGCUAGCCUAGGAACAUAUAGGUCAAAACCGCCGGCCGUUGUUGACUCGAUGAUUCACCACAAGGCGUUGGCGACACGACCUAGCGAUACAGAGUUGGAAAGCGCGAGUAGUGUUCGCUCGCUGGUUCGUGGGGUUAGCUGAGAGAUCGGUCUGUCUGUACGGUCUGCCCGGUUUUAUUGUUUCUUCAUUGCUUCUGUUCUGUGGCUCUACUACCCAGAUUUUGAUGCCUGGAGCAUCAUCGGUGAGGAUUUCAGUGAGCAAUGUUCUUCACUACAAUUAGCAUGCGUUCUACACUCCAUACAGUUACUAGAUGGGAUAUUACUGGAUCUUCGCUCAAGUAUGUUGCCGCAAUAAUUCCUAGGCGUUUUCACGGUUUUCAUCAAUCCCGGGGCGUGUUUUCUAGGGGUGUUGGUUGCCCAGUGUGUUUGCUUCAUUCCUUAUGUGUGAGGGCCCAGUUGUCAUUGAAAGUGUAAAAUAUCCAGGUAGUGAGGAGGCCAUGUACCACCGGAACAAAUAACCGAACUGGAGGUAGAAGAAGCCCAUCUUGGGUGGUGCUCAGGUGAAACUGACGAAAGCGGGUAAUCCAGGCUUCACUAUUUG